CAGAAGGUCCCUGUGCUUCCCACUACUGACCGCCGCGUCCUGCAGAGCGACUCUUGUUGAGGAAGCAGGAAGCGAGAGAAAGAUCCCAUUUCCACACCUGCUGGUCUCAGGGGAGCAGACUGACAGAUCAGUUACCAUACAGACUACAAACCUCAAUGUGUAAGGGGCUCUCCUCCCUGCCCUCGUCAUGCCUGGAGAAGGCAAAGGAGAUCAGGGUGAAGUUAAGCCAUUUUGCGGAGACGCACCACAAGCAGAAGAUUCAGGAUGGAAAAAUGCUUCAGGAUCUGGAAACUCUGCUAAACAACAAAAGUGGUCUGCAGGCAUUUCAUGUGUUCCUGCGUUCAGAGUUCAGUGAGGAGAACCUUGAGUUCUGGCUGGCUUGCGAGGACUACAGGGUUUCACCUUUAAACCUGCAGAAGACCAAGGCCGGCAGCAUCUACAGCCAGUUUAUUAACCCUGACGCCCCACAGGAGGUAAACUUGGACGCCGAGACUCGCGAGGCUCUGCUGACUGUAAUGGACUCGCCAUGCGCUGACACAUUCAACAAGGCCCAGCAAAGGAUCUAUGCUCUGAUGGCCAAAGACUCCUUUCCUCGGUUCCUACGCUCCCAUCACUGCAUGGAAGCCAUUAAGGCUUUCUAAUCAAAGAUUGUUUGUUACCACACACCUGCUUUAGAAAUAAGUGCUGAUGAAUUUAUAGUGGAUUGCAUUUUAACAACUAGCAUAUUCUGAUUGUGUUCCAUGUGGUAGUGUUGUCAUUGUGUACCAUAUAUAGGCUGCAUGCUGUUAGUGCUAUGACACCCGAGUUGUAGGCAUAGUUAAAUAGACUCACACAGAACUGCACAGUACCUCUGGACAGCGUACUCUACAAGUGAAUUAAAAUAAACCACUCAUAAAAUAAAAG